GGGGGAGGCGGCGCGCAGGCAGCGCGCAGGCAGCGCGCAGGGGGCGCGGGCAGCGCUGCCGGCCCCGCCGGCCGCCCCGCGCCGCGGUGGCUGCGCGGCCGCGCUGCGGCGCCGCCGAUGCUGUCGGUGCCGGUGGCGGGCGCGGGGGCGGCGCGGGGCGCGGGCUCCCUGCCCCGCCGGCGCACCAUGUGCAGCGGCGUCGGCUGCUUCUGGGCGCUGCUCUCCGCCGGCCUCCUGGCCGCCUGCGCCGCCGCCUUCCUCUCCCCGGCCUGGCUGCUGCCUCCCGGUCGCUCCGCCGCCGGUUUCGGUUUGCUGUGGCGCUGCACCGGGCCGCCCCGCAGCUGCCAGGGCUCCGACGGCCCCGGCGGCUUCGGAGACAUCCCCUCCGGCUCCUGGCAGACGAGCGCCGUGCUGUGUGCGGGCGGCUGUGUCCUGCUGGCCCUCAGCUCGCUGCUGGCCGUCGUCGCCAUCCUGCUGCCCGGCGGAGCCUGCGAGAAGAGAGUCUGCACCCUGGCUGGCUACAUGCAGACAGCAGCAGAGCUGCUGCAAAGCAUGACUUCCUCCUCCGGUGCUGAUAACCCUCCGGUCCGACGGGUUGCGAUCUUCGGGGGAACUCAUGGCAAUGAGUUGUCGGGGGUAUUUUUGGUCAAGCACUGGCAAGAGAAUGGAGCUGAGAUUCAAAGAACGGGAAUGGAGGUGAAACCCUUUCUCGCCAACCCAAGAGCUGUGAAGAAGUGUACUAGAUAUAUUGAUUGUGAUCUGAACCGUGUUUUUGACCCUGAUAAUCUUGGCAGGACAGUGGUGGAAGAUAUUCCAUAUGAAGUGAGAAGGGCUCAGGAAAUCAAUCAGAUAUUUGGUCCCAAAGGUAGUGAUGAUGCGUAUGACCUUAUUUUUGACCUUCACAACACCACUUCUAACAUGGGUGGUACCCUUAUUCUUGAAAGCUCCAGGGAUGACUUUACAAUUCAAAUGUUUCAUUAUAUCAAGAACGCUCUGGCUCCAGAACGCUGUCCUGUUCUGCUGAUUGAACAUCCUAGCUUGAAAUAUGCAACAACUCGAUCUGUAGCAAAACAUCCUGUUGGUGUGGAGGUGGGUCCCCAGCCACAAAGCGUUGUUAGAGCCGAUACUUUGGACAAAAUGAGGAGGAUUGUCAAACACGGCCUGGAUUUUGUGCAACUUUUUAAUGAAGGAAAGGACUUUCCACCAUGUACGAUUGAGGUUUUUAAAAUAAUGGAGAAAGUAGAUUAUCCCAGGAAUAAGAACGAUGAAAUUAUUGCUAUUAUUCACCCUAAACUGCAGGAUCAAGACUGGCAGCCACUGAACAAUGGUGACCCUCUAUUUUUGACUCUUGAUGGAGAAGUAAUUGCAUAUAAAGGGGAUUGUACAGUCUAUCCAACAUUUAUUAAUGAAGCUGCAUAUUAUGAAAAGAAACAAGCUUUUGUAAAAACAGUAAAAGUGAAACUCACUGCAAACCACAUCAGAUCCUCAGCCCGAAACCAGAACACUCCUUAAAAAAUUAUGACAGAUUUCUCCAUACAAAAGGUAUACUUCUCUGUGAAAUCCAGCAACACUCAGUCGUAAUUCAUGGAAUAAACAAAAUCUACUUUUAAAUUUCAAUUUAAUUAACACUACUGAGGACUUCUAAGAUGAAACAUACUGUCAUAAUGUUAAUUAUGAUUGUUUACUUGUUCUAAUACAUUACUAUAGAUGCGAAGAAUAAAUACUUUUAUGAAGUUUGUUGGUUCACAGAA